UUAAUUUUAAUUUAACAAAAUUAAAUUUUAAUAUGUCAUCAAUAAAUUCUAACAGUGAAAAAUUAGAAGAAAUAAGAGAAAAUGAGGACCAUAAAAAUUUAGAAGAUGGAAUUGAUAUUGAAAAAAAUAACGAGGAAAUUAAAGUCGAGAAUCAAGAAGUUGAAGAGGAUACAAAGACAAAUUUAAAAAUUCGAAAAGUGGCAACAAAAACUAAACGCAACUUCAACCCAUGUCCAGCAGAGUGUAUUAUAUGUGAACGUAUAGCUAGUGGAUAUCUCUUUUAUGGAGUAAUUUGUUGUGAUGGCUGUAAACACUUUUUCAAUCGUUGUAUUACUUCAAAAAGCAAAUAUAAAUGUGAAAAAGAUGGGAACUGUAAUUUGUCGAAUAGUAAUUUUUUAUACUAA